UCGCGGCGACAAAAGGCCUACGUCAUGUACACCAACUGCCUUCGAUCCACGCUAUAGCUCUACAACACACACAACCCCGAAGCGAGUUGAGGCUGUCCCUGCCAGAUCAUCGUCAAGAUGACGGUCCAGGACGCCGUCGACGCCUCCGAACACUACGAAAUCUACAACACCGAUGAUAUCCCCUCCCUUUAUACCAUAAUCAUCGACACCAACCCACGCGCCUGGGCCGCCCUGAACGAUGUCCUUCCACUCACGAAAGCGCUCGCCAACAUUCUAAUAUUUGUCAACUCCCACUUAGCCUUCAAUAACUCCAACCAAGUAGCUCUCAUAGCAUCACAUACGAACCGGGCAGUGUGGCUCUACCCAACAGCACCCGACCAGAACCCCGGCCGACAACCGCAAAAUCCAAACGAAGACGUCGAAAUGCGCGACGCCUCCUUCACAAGUAAACAACAAUCUCCACCGCCCGCAAACAAAUACCCCCUCUUCGCCCAAAUCGAGCGCUCCCUCCUCUCCUCCCUGCGAUCUCUCAUAACCGACACCACAGCCGAGGACAUCACCUCUACAACCACCACCCAGAUUUCCGGCGCCCUGACCCUCGCCCUCGCGCACAUCAACAAAACCGCCCUCCUCUUCGCCCCCUCCAACUCCACCACCGGUCCAACUCCCUCCUCCGCAGGCGGCAAGUCCUCCGUCUCCACAACCUCCGGCGCCGGCCCAGGCGGCGGCAACGCAGCCUCCCUCCCUGGCAUCGGCGGUGGCGGUCUCGCAGGCCUGCACGCCCGCAUCCUGGUGGUCAGCGUAAGCGACAGCUCCCCCUCGCAGUACAUCCCGACCAUGAACGCCGUGUUCGCGGCGGCGCACGCGCGCAUCGCUAUCGACACGCUGGCGCUGCGGGGUAGUGCAACCUUCUUGCAGCAGGCGAGCUACAUCACGCGCGGCACGUUUAUACGGGCGCAGGAGCCGAGGGGACUGUUGCAGUACUUGAUGUUUGGGUUUGGAAGCGGGAGCGCGCCACAGGGGUUGGCGGCGGCGGGGAACCAGCGGUCUCAGCAGCAGCAUGGAGGAAAUAAGGGGAAAGAGGACAAGGCGAGCGAGAAGGCCGUUGGCGCCGCGGCUAAGGGAGGGGCCAAGCAUGGAGGCCAGAAGUUCCUGGGGAGUAAUGCCAGCGUGGCGGAUCUCUUGGUCACGCCUAGUGCGGACUCGGUGGAUUUCCGGGCGGCGUGUUUCUGUCAUCGGAACGUGAUUGAUACGGGGUUUGUGUGCAGUAUCUGCUUGAGCAUCUUUUGCGAGGUGCCCGAGGGUGGGGAGUGUUUGACGUGCGGGACCAAGUUGGCGUUGGGGAACUAUGGGAAGAGGUUACCUGUGCUGCCUUCAAAGGCUGCAGCUGCUUCCGGAGGAGGGCAAGCGAAUGGGAAAGGGACGAUGCUGAAAUAAGUCUUCAGCGAGUUAUGGAAUAGAGUGAAGAAGUAACUGAUGGUGGAUGUUGUUUUGUCCCUGGCCGGGGAAGCAGUCAGUCAGGAGGCUGGUUAGAGACUGGGAGGUGGUAAAGCCACAAGAUUGCCCGUGGGAUGUCUACCGAAAGCGGACAAAAAGGCUUGGAAAACUAUAUAUACACA